ACGUUCUGAUGCGAGUCGACGCCAUUUUACCUCUGUUAAUGAUACAAAAGAAAGCAGAAAUAUUUGCACUACAUUGAGAGGCUUUAUCGACACGAAAUAAACGUCUCUUUUUGAGCAUUUCUCAAGACUUUCAAGAUGAAACGGUCGAAGAGAAUGCGCUCUCCGUGGCUCACCGAGGUGGGCUUGGAGGAGAGAGUGGAGAACAGAAAGAGACAUAAAAGAGACUCGCACAGCAGCGAGAGAGAAAACAAACACAGAAAGCAGCACCGCCAUCAUUGCAGGAACAGCGAAGGGCAUUACCUGGAGACCAGGAGCUCAAAUCAAAAGCUGGAGGUAAAAGAGGUCAGAGAUGUGUACAGAGACCAUGAUGAGGACAGCCGUUCUGCCUGUAAGGACCGACACCGGGAGAGAUCCAAAGUCAGGGGCCGGGAGAGAGACAGGGACUGGCACCAUUACAGCAAAUCCUCUGGAAACAGCCGGCGGAGCAGUCAGCACAGGCGCGGACUCCAUCGUUCACGUCGUCACUCUGACUCGAGGAACCAUCGCAGGAAAAGAUCCAGGAGUGUUGAGGAUGAUGAGGAGGGUCACCUGAUCUAUCACAGUGGAGACAUGCUAAGAGAAAGAUAUGAGAUUGUGUGCACCCUCGGAGAGGGAGCGUUCGGCAAAGUGGUGGAGUGCAUUGAUCAUUCAAACGGAGGUGCUCGUAUAGCUCUGAAAAUCAUCAAAAGCAUUGAGCGCUAUCGUGAGGCAGCUCUGUCUGAGGUUGAGGUGCUGGAACAGAUUAACUCAAUCGACUGUGACAGACGAUAUGCCUGUGUGCGGAUGUUGGACUGGUUUGAUCACCACGGGCAUGUGUGCAUCGCCUUUGAGCUGCUGGGCUUGAGCACAUAUGAUUUUCUGAAGGAAAACAACUUUCAGCCCUUCUCGAUCAGCCACAUCAGACACAUGGCCUACCAGAUCAUCAGAGCGGUCAGAUUUCUUCACAAGAAUAAAUUGACGCACACUGACCUGAAACCAGAGAACAUCCUCUUUGUCAAUUCAGAGUAUAACAUCAAGUACAAUUCAAAAAUGAGGAGGGAUGAGAGAACGCUGAAGAAUCCUCAUGUGAAAGUCGUCGAUUUUGGAAAUGCAACUUACGAGCACGAGCACCACACAUCUGUUGUGUCCACACGGCAUUACAGAGCCCCAGAGGUUAUUCUGGAUUUGGGCUGGAGUAAUUCAUGUGACGUGUGGAGUGUGGGGUGUAUUCUUAUUGAGUAUUAUCUCGGAUCAACUCUAUUCCAGACACAUGACAGUAAAGAACAUCUAGCUAUGAUGGAGCGGGUGCUAGGCCCCUUACCAACCCACAUGCUGCAGAAAACAAGGAAGCACAGAUAUGUUCAUCACGACAAAUUGGAUUGGGACAUUCACAGCUCCUCGGGCCGUCAUGUCAGAAAACAGUGCAAGCCCCUGAGACAAUACAUGGCCUCCUGCAGCUCCGAUCAUGAGCAGCUGUUCAAUCUCAUCGAGAAGAUGCUGGAAUACGACGUCACAAAGCGGAUCACGCUAAGCGAAGCCCUCAAGCAUCCGUUUCUUGACUGUUUGAGAAAGAGCAAGUAGCAGCGCUGGGUCUCUCCUCUGCUGUAGUUCCUCUCUGAGAGAGGCCGUUUCAGUCGACUGCAUCAGUCCUCUAUUCAGAUGAUAAGCUGCUCUUCUCAUUGGUCAUAUUUAUUGUGCUUCUUUUUCUGUUGAGUGUAUGGGACCUGUUGCUCUCCAGUGAUUUGACAUUUCUGUUGUAAGUUCAUUACAUGACAGACUCAGACGUGUAACUAUAGGGGGUGAGCUUUGGGUUUUUGAGAGUCAUGUUUAUUGUGUAGAAUCGAAUGUGUCAGAUGUAAUCAUGUCAUAGAUUUAUUAGUUUUCUUAAUAUUGACAUUUGUAGUGAUAUUUGUAUGUAUUCUUCGUUUUUCAUGAUCUUAAAUAAAACUGUGUUGCCUAUUA